GUCGCAAACUCGCUGACAAUAUAUUUGUGACGGACUUGUCCUCCGUCGCAAAUCUGAUGAAGGUUUUUGUGACGGAUUUUUUAUCCGUCGCAAAAUCGUUGACAAGGAAUUGUGACGGAAUUUUGUCAAUCGCAAAAGUUAGUGACGGAUACUGUUUCCGUCGCAAAGUAUCAAAUUCAUCCCAACAAAAAUUAUACCCAUAUUGAUAUUGUUUUUAAUGUAAGUAUGUAACACCCAAUCUCCUUAUCCAGAAUCCUGUCCAAUCCGAUUCAGCGUACCUUCAUCCUUCAAGAUACUAUGAUGAUGAAGAUGAUGUCUUCUUCUCUUCACUCAGUUUGAAACCAACCUUAUCAUCAUCAUCAUCAUAAAAAUGACAACAGUUUCCACCAAAUUCCUACCUCACACACUCCCCUUCACACUCCAACAAACCAACCCCAUUUCCCUUGUUUCUUGCUCCCUCCCACUUCUCCAUCAAGGUAGCAGCAUCAGCAUCACCACCACUAGCACCACCACCGUGUCCUCUGAUACUACAAAGCCCAAUAAUCUCGACUUCAGAGACACCCAUUUGAUGAAAGUCCUCACCCGUUCCUGCAAGGCACGCAUGUACAACGAAUCACUCUACUUUCUCCGCCGCAUGGUCAGCAAGGGUUACAAACCUGAUGUUGUAAUCUGCACCAAGAUCAUCAAGGGGCUGUUUGGUUCCAGACGAAUUGACAAAGCUGUUGGGGUCAUGGACAUUUUGGAGAAGCACGGUGAGCCUGAUGUGUUCGCUUACAAUGCGGUGAUUAGCGGAUUCUGCAAAGUUGAUCGAAUUGAUUCUGCGUACCAGGUGCUCGAUAAAAUGAAGCAGAGAGGGUUUGAGCCUGAUGUUGUCACUUACAAUAUUCUCAUUGGGAGUCUUUGUUCCAAGGGGAAGCUUGAGUUGGCUUUCAAGGUUUUGGAUCAGUUGUUGAAGGAAAAGUGCAAGCCGACCGUUGUUACUUAUACUAUUUUGAUAGAAGCUACCAUUUUGAAGGGUGGUGUUGAUGAUGUUAUGAAGCUUUUGGAUGAGAUGAUAGAGAGUGGUUUACGACCUGAUAUGUUCAUUUUUAAUGCAGUUGUCAGGGGUAUGUGCAGAGAAGGGUUAGUGGAUCGUGCUUUUGAGUUCAUUAGAUACAUAAGUGCCAAGGGUUAUGCUCCGGAUGUGAUAUCUUAUAACAUUCUGUUGCGAGGGCUUCUGAAUCAAGGGAAAUGGGAAGAUGGAGAGAAAUUGAUGUCUGAUAUGCUUUCAAAAGGUUGUGAGCCAAAUGUUGUGACUUACAGCAUUUUGAUUAGUUCGUUAUGUCGUGAUGGCAAAGUUGAGGAGGCGGUGAGUUUGUUGAAGGUUAUGAAGGAACAGGGGUUGACCCCUGAUGCUUAUAGCUAUGAUCCUUUGAUUGCGGCAUUCUGCAAAGAGAGUAGGGUGGAUUUGGCGAUAGAGUUCUUGGAAAGCAUGAUCUCUGAUGGUUGCUUGCCGGAUAUUGUUAACUACAACACAAUUUUGUCCACUCUGUGCAAGAAUGGAAAAGCUGAUGAGGCUUUGAAGAUCUUUGAGAAGCUGGGCGAAGUGGGUUGUCCUCCAAAUGUGAGUUCAUACAACACAUUGUUCAGUGCACUCUGGAGUAGCGGGCACAAAAUUAGAGCCCUGGGGAUGAUUUUGGAGAUGUUAAGCAAAGAUAUUGAUCCUGAUGAGAUCACUUAUAAUUCACUCAUAUCUUGUUUGUGCAGAGAUGCAAUGGUGGAUCAGGCCAUUGAGUUGUUAGUGGACAUGGAAAGUAGUGUGUACCAACCUUCAGUUAUUAGUUACAACAUUGUUCUUCUUGGAUUGAGCAAAGUGCACAGAAUCUCCGAUGCCAUUGAGGUGUUAGCUGCGAUGGUUGACAAAGGGUGUCGGCCAAAUGAAACUACUUACACAUUGUUGGUUGAAGGGAUUGGUUAUGCUGGCUGGCCAGAUGAUGCUAUGGAGCUAGCUAUUUCCCUUGUUGAUAUGGACGCGAUUCCUCAACAUUCAUUCAAACGCUUGUACAAAACAUUUCCCGGGCUUGAUGUGCCCAAAGAGUUCAUUUUAUCAGAUUAAGAACACUCUUUGCUUUGGCUCAAAGGACUCAAUAAUAUAAAAGCCUUGGCAUAGAGGAUCCAUGAUGAACCUUUUGUUUUGUUCAAUUCUUUAAAUAGUCGCCGACUAUUCACUAGUUAUAGCUUUUGGUUUGGAGUUUAAAGUCCAGGUGAAUAGUGUGUUUGGGGGUGACACACAAUCCUAAGUAGGAUAGAUAAGUCCAGAAGUGAUUAUAGAGUUUCUCACCGCAGAACCAAACACACCAGAAGUCAAUCAGAUAGUUCAUACUAUUGUUUAUGAUGAUUCCAUUGCCGGGGUCUGUGUUUGUUGUGCAUUCUUGACGGCAAAGAAGAUUGUAUUUCCCAAUGCCAUAUUGGAUUGACUUACUUUGGUUUUUUGCUGGGAAAGACGUCCAAGCCAUGCUUGUUGAAAAAUGAAAAGUUCCUAUCUUUGUAGCUUCUAUCCAAAAGUGGUCUGGGAUUUUUCCAACAGGAAACCACACAUGUACUUAGAAGAUAGACGGUUGCCAACGGGGAAAAGAAUGACUUUGGUCCUUUUGAUUUCCCUCCAACUCAGGGAAUAAUUGGUUUUGAUUGUACAUUGUAUAGUGAAGUAGGGGCCGUAGAGGAGAUUAUAAAGGAUUGAGAUUUUCUAUUUCCAAAUGGUGUCUUAUUUCAUGUCACAGGCACAGCCAAUAAAAAUGUUAUGUCAAUUAAAAGAACACUGACAUUUAUUUUUUGAGUUUAAUGGAUGUGCAUUGUAUUCUUUAUACCGUCAUCUAAUUAUUGUAUGUCACGUAGGAUAAAUACUUAUAUUCUUCAUUUAUUUUAAUCUAUAUACACUACAAAGAGAGUUGCAAAAACGCAACUGUUCCUUUACUGUUCAUUUUAGGGAUUUUAUUCCAUGCUUUGUUGGUCCAUGAUAACUUGUGGUGUGAUUUCUUUUUUCUCCUUUAUCUGAUUAUGUUGUCCAUGUUUUUCUACUUUUCUGAACAUGAUGAGGUUUUGCCUGAAUUUCACUUUUCUUUUCUCAUGCUACUACUUUUUCAAUACCUGAUUAUACUUUUUUGCACGGAGGAGUAUACUUUGCCUCAAUUUCCCUAUACAAGGCACUCCAAUUGAACCUCUCUCUACUUUCCAGCAGGUUCCGGCCUCUCAUGGUCACACUACAGGUAAUGCAAAACCCUAAACCCAAAAUUCAGUUGUUCAUCGUUUUCUAUUACCCAAAGCAGUUCACCUCCGGAGUGUCGCUCCAGGUUCCCCAAUUCUUAUAGUACAGCUCAGAAAGAACAUGGGUUUUGGUUAUCCAUUUCAGUUUAUGCCUAUUGAUGUUUGCCUCCGCAACAUGGUUUACUGGUCAAUAGCAUUCAUAUGCAAUUAAGCACGAUUUAAUAUCAUUCAAAUGCAUAUUAUGCUUAUGCUGUGAUUUUGUAUUGCUGUUUAUCGUUUUCUAUUGCUCAAAGCAAUUCACCUUCAGGAAAGCAGGUUGCAAAUUCCUCACUUCAUUCUCUUGGACCUGGGAAUCCACUGUUUGACAAUUAACUUAUACCACACUUAACUUCGUUCAAUGGGAGGUUCUGGCAUGCUGAUAUUGGCAAUAACAUGGAUGCAAGAUUUGCUUCAUCCUUCCUGGAUGAGUUCAAGAACAGUAAGGCCAGAUCUUUUGAACUUUCAAAUAUCGUUGACCAUGUGCUUCAAUUCAGGUAUGAAUCUUGCACCUCCACUGUUGUUUCCAUUUUCAUGCGUCUGAUUUCAUAAUCCCUAACAUUAUGCAGCACUGUCAAUAUGGUAGCCGCUUUAUUCAGUAGAAAUUAGAACCAGCUUCUGCAGAAGAGAAGACCAAGAUGUUUCCUGAGAACAUUCCUCAUGCUUGUGCCUUGAUGACUGAUGUCUUUGGCAAUUAUGUUAUACAGAAAGUACAAUUAGUUUCUGCUACGGAGUACUGCCAUAAAUAUGCUCUUUUUAUUUUGUCAGUGAUAGUAGAAUUUCAUGCUUCACAUUGAACUUUUGCAUUUUUUUCAGCAUAGUACACAGAAAGUCAAAGAAAGGAGUUAGCCAGCCAACUUGCAGGUCAUGUUUUACCUCUUAGUCUGCAAAUGUAUGGUUGCAGAGUGAUUCCGAAGGUGACUUCUGAAGCCUUUUAUUCUCAUUUUAUUCCCUGUACACGUGCAUCAACUCAUGCACGACUCUUAAAAUCUCAUUUCUUCAAUUUUGCAUAAUAUGGUUUUUGUUAAAACGAUGUAAGCUUGCUUAAAUAUUUAGUAAAUAAUGGAACACUUGAGAUAUUCUUGUGUAUUACUUUCUACUUGCUGCAGUACUGAAUUUUGUUGGUUUUAUUUCAUAUUGUCUUGUGGUUAUUGACCAUACUUAUAAGUUACAAGGUUUAAGCAUCCAUAGGUUUAGUCAUUUGGAUUUUAACAUGAAUUGGUUUAGUUCAAAUUUGCUUUAUAUUGAAUAUUGAUAAAUACUUGUUGCAUCCCUAACAUGGAAUUUUGGUUUCUGGGAUGGUUUUCUAUUUUUUUGUUGGCUGAAAGUUUUCUGCAGACAUUGAAGUUUGUAGGUCUCAGCUUUAUCUUUGUUCCGUUCGACUUAUUCUCAACAUAGUAUAUGCGGAUCGACACAGGGAUUAGUUACUGGUUAUUUGUGUUUUGACAGCAAUGACAGAUGGUGAAUGACAUUUUUGGUAAUUCUCAGGACAAAAGACUUCACAUUUGGUGAUAGAAAACAAAAAAUAUGUUAAGAAGGUGCUGUUGUCAAAACCUACAGCACUGAAAUCCCAAAUAUCUGGCCUUGUGCUUCUUGAGAUGCACAUCUUCUGCCUUGGGAAUCUGUACAAGACUUCCAAUCCAUGGCCAACCUAAUACAGGAAACGCAAAAGAACCUCUACUUCCUUCAGAUUGAUCAGAGUUCCUUGAUUCAGCAGAUACCAUCCCACCACAGUCUUCAAUUCCCUCAUCCUUGCAUACAGUGCUUGUGUUGUCACUGUGUUUCUCUCUACUCGUGUGUACCAUCUUCUUUCCAUGUCCUCUCCAUAACAAUCUUGUUCGUGUUCUUCACUAUCAUUUGGUCUUUUCACAGAUAUGUUCUGAUUGCUAACUUUUUUUGCACCCUCACCAUAUAUUUCAACUUACUAUUCAGAGGCUUUGAAUUUUUAUGCAUUCCAUUGAGACCUCUCAUGAGAUUCUCUGACUUGACACUUGUCUCAUCUUUCGCUGCACCAAAUGCCUCAUUCUCUUCAAAGCAGAAUAUUAUGUAAUCUUCAUACAGAGAGUGUCCAGGUUGAACCAUCAGUCCUAUUUCCAACUAAAACCCCAUGUUUUUCUUUUACCAUUGGUUUAUUUAGUUGUGUGUUGCUGUUGUUGCAUUUUUUGCUUGGUCUUGACAAAGUGUUGGUGUGGAUAAUGUUAAACCUUUUGUGGUUUCUCUUGUCAAAGGCCAAAUUUCUCACUGGCUCACAAAGGGCUGAAGCAACUUUUUGUUUUCGAUUCUUCACUUUUUUUAUCAUUUUAGUUUCUUUAUUCAUUCUUUUGCUGCAUCACCGUAGGUAUGCUUCUUAACUUCUGCAUUGAGGAGUUCAUCAAUCUUUUAAUGAGAGGAGAACCUCUUGAAUCUGGUAAUGUCACUUCAUUUAAUCCAUAAGCAUCAUCAUCAUCAUUGGUAAGUGGCAACCCCUUUCUCAUUAUUUAUCUAUAUCUCUCAAGGCCUGCCAAUCUGCCAUGUUAAUGUUUACUUUGAUGAUGUGGAAUAGAGAAAAUCUAUUUAUUCUCUUAUAUCUGAAUACAGACCUAUACCAGGUUGGGAAAUAAGCAUGACAAUUUGGUAUUGUUGUUGCAUAUUUGCUUCGUUUCAUGAGUAUAAGGGUGCUGAAAAUUUGGGUCUUGAUUACUGUUUGUCACUAAUUUUCUCAUAGGUUGCUGAUCUUUUGUAUUUUUGGUAUUGGAAAGGUCUAUGUGUAAAGAAACUAAUUUUUAUCCAUCUGAUAUAAAGAACGAAUUGCCCUAGGAAAUUACUUCGGUCAUUGGUGGCUAAAAUUUGGAAUUAUGAUUGUAUCUGUAGGACUAAUAAUCCAGUGUAUGCUCACUUUGAUGGUCUAACUAUGCCCCCCUUCACAGUUGAAUUUCUUAAGACUCUUUAAAGUUAAAAGCCUUAAAGUCCUGCUUUGCAGAAGACAAGGAUCAUACUAUAUUGCUCAAAAGUUUAGAUUAUAUUGGUCCAAUCAAAUCAUGUUGGCAAGAAACGGUUCUUUGAUAUGGAUAUGGUUGAGAUUGUUGAAAAGAGCAAAGAAAGUUAAAGAGAAGGAAGCUGGUGCAGAACAAGUACAUGAGUGAAGUGAAUUUAAGACUAAAUAUGUAGACAAAACCAUGAAUUUAGUUGCUAAUACUUUUGUAAGUUUUUAUUUUUAUUUUGUAAAUGCGGUAACUUUUUAAUUUCUCAGGUAAAGGAUGAGAUUGAUUUGGCUAGGAUGGGCGAUUGAUAAGUUGCUUCUCUUUCUUCAUUUUAUUUUGCAGGUUGCCAAUUUUUGUCAUGAUGAAUCCGGUUGCCAUUUCAAUCCUGCCUUAAGAACUUCUUAUAAAUUAUAAUCCUCCCUUGAUAAUUGGUCGCAUGUAUAUAUAUUGAUAUUGUUCUGAUUCGCAAAUUCAUGAAAUGUAAAGAGUUUUCACGUC